GCGCCAGUUUCAGCCAAAGUUUGGAUCGAAGCAUGGAGGCAAACACCCUCAGCGCAGACCUCGAGGAAGGGGGCUGAGCCUUGCAGAUUGCUACGAGAAGCUGGAGUGCGAAGGGGGAGGAGAAGAACAGGGACUCAUAACACAGGGGUUGAGCUUCCACGACUCAGAACAUUACUCUCAAUUCAAGUCUCCAUCUGGGAAACGAGCGAGAGAACGAACUUUCAUUCAGACUCAAUUAAACAAAACAAGGCUGUUGGUAAACUCUGAAAGCUACGGUCUCGCGUUGAUUUUUCUCCUACAACUUCUGGAGGCUCAGUGGUUUAGAGAUUAUCUACCUUUUUCUAUCAACAUUGAUGACUUCUUCAGACAUCGCUUCGCUGCUCUGUUGAUUCCAACUCUCUAAUACGUUCUCUUUCGGAUAGUUGGGAAUUUGUUCACCCAACUUAAUGACACUACUCUGUUAACAAGAGUAUUUAGGACAAAUAACUGACUGAUCAUCCAUCCUUUUGCCGCGUUUUGUGUGGACUGGGAUUUAAACGCAAGAAGAGGACGGGUUCUCCAAUGCAAAAUUACAUGUAUGAGAAGGCAAUGGCACAAGAGACAAGAAACGGCGGCACAUCCACAUUAAAUAACAACAACGGCGUCGACAACAGCAAGAGGAAACUUUUAAUAGUGUUAGAUAUAAUCUGCCUUCUGUUAGCUGGCUUACCUUUCCUGAUUAUUGAAACUAGCACCGUACCACCCUACAGCCGUGGGUUUUACUGUGACGACGAGUCCAUCAAGUACCCGUACAAAAACGGAGACACCAUAAGCGAUGCCGUGCUUUGCGCCGCUGGCAUUCUCAUUGCCAUCCUUUCUAUCAUCAUCGGCGAGUGCUACAGGAUCUACUACAUGAACGAGGGCUCCAAGUCCUUCAUCGGGAACCCCUACGUCUCUGCACUCUACAAGCAGGUGGGCGUGUUCAUCUUCGGCUGCGCCGCCAGCCAGUCGUUCACGGACAUCGCCAAGGUGUCGGUGGGACGCAUGCGGCCCCACUUCCUGGCGGUGUGUAAACCCAACUUCACGCUGAUCGACUGCUCGCUGGGGUACAUCACGGAUUACCAGUGCACGGGAAUCGAGAGCAAAGUACAGGAGGCCAGGAAAUCCUUCUUCUCAGGCCACGCCUCAUUUUCAAUGUUUACGAUGCUCUAUCUGGCAUUCUACCUGCAGUCUCGUUUCACGUGGCGUGGAGCUCGUCUGCUGCGGCCGCUGCUGCAGUUCACGCUGCUCAUGAUGGCUUUCUACACCGGCCUGUCUCGCGUCUCUGACCACAAGCACCACCCCACCGACGUGCUGGCUGGCUUUAUUCAGGGGGCUCUGGUGGCUUACUGCAUAGUCUUCUACGUGUCUGACCUCUUCAAGCCCAAAGCGAAGGCCGCAACCCCACCGCCCUCCCCCAUCAAGAAGGAGCUGUUGCCGUCGGCGGACAUCAUAGAACGGAACAACCACCACAACAUGGUGUGAGGGAGGCGGGGGGAUAUGGAGCCCCCACCCGAAACCCACCCCACCUAAACAGCCACCUGUGAUGUGAUGAGCAGCCCUCCACCCCAACCCCCAUCCCACAUCCCCACCCUCCCCCACGAGCCGCUCACUCUUCACACUUGACAGUAGAAUGUAGGGACGAGAGACAGAGACUUUUACUUUGACAUCGAGAACUCUUGUAUUAUAAUUAUUGUUAUUGUUAUUUGCUAUUUUUUACAUUUGAGCCCGUUAUUACUGAAAGAAUGAAAGCAACACAAAAUAACGAAGAGAAUAUCAAAAAAGAAGCUAAACAAGACAAAUGAAUGAAAUGAAAUUACAUGAAUUUGAAGCGUGAACUGAAGGAAAGAGAAACCCCCCAGGAAAAGUGUGGAAUGUUCAAAGUACUUUGAGGAACAGAUUCUUGAAUCAUGACUGCACAAGAAAGGGGGGAAUGGCUGAUAAAGAAUAAAAAUCUGAAUAGAUGGAUGGGUGGAUGGAUGGAUGAAUGAAUGAAAGAUAAAAAAACUAUGGAGAGUGAGGCUGUCCAUCUGGUCUCUGCCUUCUUUGGGGGCUCGACCUGAUUAACUUCUCUCACCUCUCCUCCAAGGCCUUUCAGUCAGUAUAGGACAACAAAUUCCUUCGCUCUAGGAAUGAUAUUUUUUCCUGCAAUGUAACUAGCACAAAUAUAUUAACAAUAUAAAGAAAAGUAACUUAUAGCACUAUAUCCAAGUUUAUUGUCAAAUGUCACCACUUGCUACCUAGAAGGGUAGCCAUACGAACGCUUGAGAUGAGAACGAUGAAUGAAAUGGAUGCCCUGAGGCAGGAGGUGUUCCCUCCAUAGUGAACUCGCACACUGCCGUUGUCUCCUCAUGAUGCGGGAGACCUGCCAACGACGAUAAAUGAAAAUUUAUCCCAUUAUAAGGAUACUCAUUUUAGCGAUUCAACUUUUAUCAGGCUGAAGAUAGCUACUCAGAUAGUUGCCCAGAUUUAAGGGACGAUGCAUUUUGAAAAUUCGGGUGGGUGGGGGUUGGGGAUAAACAGUUGGGAGAAGGGGGGACUACUGGUGUGUGUGUGUGUGUGUGUGGGAGGGGGAUGGUUAGGGGUGCAGGGGUAGGGUUAUAGCUAAUGCCCAAUCUCUACAGUGCUGAGUGAUAUGGCUGUGCCACUUCAUUACUAAAGGGUUGUAGAGUUAGGGCGAGGUGGCUUUGGGGAUGGGGGGAUCUGGACAGGGCUGUGUGCUCUGUAACCCUGUUCGCUGAUGGGGGUGUGGGGGUGUUUCGACUCCUGUCAGCUACACUGGCACAUUUUUUUGGAGGGGGGGCGAGGGAGGGGGGAACCCCUCCCGCUGGUUGGUAGGAGUUCCCCUACUGGCCCCUCGUCACUCUGCGGCAGUUGUGUGUCACUCAACAUUUUGUGCCACUUUUUGUGCCCCUUGUCGGUGGUGAUUGUUGGUAAGCUGGACAACCUCACCCACCACCCUCCGAUUUUUUUGUCUCCCUAUGUUAGGCAGGGGAAGGGCGGGGUGGGUGGGUCUAGUAGGUUGGCCACCACUGAAGUUGCAUCGUGUCCGGAGUGUAUGUGUGUGUGUGUGUGUGUGUGUGUGUGUGUGUGUGUGUGUGUGUGUGUGCCCGUGUGUGUCCAUGUGUCUCUGUCUUACAGCACCAGGGCCACAGCUGAGGGCAGAUGACUGUUACCAUGUGAA